CUCCUCCGGUUUGUCUCACAACUCCCGUCUCGCUGUUGAUCCUUCUGUAAAAUGACCGCGCGCGCACAUAUGAUCGUAAGGAUGCAUGUGGAGGAUGGAGCUGAACUCGACGAUAUCAUUCGGAUGUAAAUAGGUUAACCUCGUGGACAGAUCAGAUACAGAAAUUUAGCAUCCUGACCUUUCUGACGCUUUACUUAUUGUUAUUCUAAAAAGCAAACCAUCAUGGAUCUGUCAUUUAUGGCUGCGCAGAUCCCUGUGAUGACAGGAGCUUUCAUGGACUCGUCGCCUCAUGAUGACUACAGCGCAGAUCACUCUCUCUUCAACUCCUCUGCUAGUGUCCAUGCCGCUGCUCUGGCAGCUCACAACCAACAGGAGGAGCAGCAGCCCAUGUCCCGGGAUGCCAUCUGGCUGUGGAUCGCCAUCACCGCCACCAUCGGAAAUAUCAUAGUGGUGGGCGUGGUCUAUGCCUUCACGUUCUGACCUCUUGAACAGACUAACUGAGAUUUAGAGACAUUCUGCUUUGAGUCCCCCAAGUAUAGGGCCCCCUGGGCCCACAUAAGAUUAACAAAGUGUGCUGUCUUUCAAGAAAACAAAUGUAUAAGGUGUUAGAUGUUUAUUUAUUUUUUUUACGCAGAAUGGUAACUAGAAGCUCCUGAAAUUAUUUUUGAUUCUUUGCAAUUUUCACAUAAAAAAAAAAAACAACUUUUAAUUAGAUUGUUUAAUGAUAGACAGUGUAAUGAGAGAAAAAAUCAGAAAUACUGAUUUAAUUUUUGCUGAGUGACCAAUACUACCAGACUUUUGCCAAAUAUUUUGUAAAUGGUUUUGCUUUUAGUAUGUAAUGACAGAUGCUGUAAUUAAGCUUUAACCCUCCUAUUAUCUUUGGGGUCAGUUUGACCCCAUUCAAUGUUUAACAUCUCUAAAUACAUGAUUGACAUGAUUAUUUAUUUAUUUUUUUAUUUUAUUUUUUUGUUGCUUCUUAUUUAAUGACUUUUAAUUUAAUUUAAUGGGGACAACUGGGUAAAAAUAAAAUUAACAUGAUAAUAUGU